AACUCCCCAUCUGGCAGAUACGUCACUACUAUCGCCCGCCCGCGAAGCUGCGAACCUAAGUCGCAAACCUACGUGUCUGUACCGGUAGUAGCGCCCUUACCGGGAAGCGAGAGAUGUCGAGCGAUGCCCCAGGACAACCCCAUGGCCACGCGCCCGGGCAAGGCGACGGCGACAAGGAAACCGUCUUGAGGCGGCAGGUCCCGCCGUUCCUAUCCAAGCUCAUGUAUGCGAGUUACAUGUACAGCAUCAAAGGGGCGCUGGUCCCGCUCUGGUGGUUGCGUGACUUGGGCGAGCGCCGCAACCCACCCGCGGGGCGCCCCGACAUCGUCAAGACGUACGAAUGCCGGCCGAGCCUACCUGUCCGUAUCUUCUUCCCUUCGUCCUACGAUCAGACCUCACCCACUCCGCUCCCGACGCUCUUCACCAUCCACGGCGGCGGAUUCUGCGUCGGCCACAUCCGCGACGACGAUGAGUGGAACCGUACCUUCGCCGACAAGCACAACAUCCUCGUCAUCGCGCUCAACUACCGCAAAGCGCCCGCCCACCCCUUCCCCACCGCGCCGCACGACAUCGAAGCCCUCCUUCUCGCCGCCCUCGCCGACGAGUCCCUCCCGAUCGACCGCCACCACCACCACAACAGCAACAACGAUAACCACCAAAGCCCUGUCCCGUGCACCGCAAUCCUAGGCUUCUCAGCAGGCGGCAACCUCGCCCUCUCGGCCGUCCAGCUACCCAGCAUCCGCUCGCACGCUCUGUGCCCCUCGGCGGCGAUCAGCGUCUACGGCGCGCUCGACCUGAGCGUGCCGCCGCACGAGAAGGUGCGCAACCGCCCCUGGAAGCCCGACCUGCCGCCGCCGCGCGGGGACGCCAAGGACGCGCUCCUCGGCCUCGCCCCCGCCUUCGACUGGGCCUACAUCCCCGAGGGCCAGGACCUGCGCGAUCCGCUGCUGAGCCCGCACUACGCGAGCCCGCAGGACCUGCCCGGUUAUGUGUGUCUGAUCGCGGCCGAGCUGGAUAUGCUUGCGCACGAUUCCUGGCGGUUAGCAUGCAGGCUCUCUCGGGAGCGACGAGGUGGUGGUGGUGGUGGUGGUGGAAAGUGGGGAGGGAGGAGGGAAGUGCCCGAUCGGAGGAGUGACGUGCCCGAGGAGAGGGUUUGUGGGAGCGUGGAUGGGCGGGCGGCGGCCGGGAAGGGGGAGUUAGUUGGGAUAGGGAGCGGGGAGGGAAGGGAAAAAGAUGAGAGGUUUGCAUUUGAGGAGAACUUCCCUGGCGGCGGCGGCGUUAAGUGGUUGCUUGUUCCCGAUGUGGUGCACGGGUUCGACAAUCCGCAUUUGAGGGCGCUGGUUGGCGGGAAGGAGGCGACUGAGGAUGCGGUGCUCAAGACGGAGGCGUAUACCGCGGAGCUGGCGAGGUGGUUGAAAGAGGUCGUGUGGAAGGUAUGAAGGUGUGAAGGAUAGCGUGGUCAACAUCCUUUGUUGCAGCCCUGCGGUCUUGGUAAAUGUGAGUGGAAGAGGCUUGCUUGAUAACGUUAAGUGGUUACGGAGCUUCGAGGAAACAUCCCACUUUCCAACAGAGCCUGAUCCCGUUCUGGACGCCACGUAUAGCGGCAAAGGAAAGCAAAUCUCUAGAACGACGCGAUGGCUUGUCGUUCGACAUUCCU